UAAAAAUUUUUUUUUUGUAAUUGCUAUUAUUUUUUAUUUAUUUUUUUAUCUUUAUAUUUUAAAAACAUAAUAUAAAUUGACAAUAUUUUAUUUCUUUUUAUAAAAGAUAUUGAAUAUGAAAUAACACAAUUUUAUUGACCUAGAGGUGAAUCCAAUAAUAAGUCAAUAUCUUAUACUAUUAAAGUACAUCAUAAAUUCGUAUCGGGUAUUCAUUAAUCCAUAUUAAAGUAAAAUCAAAUCCCUUUUUACGGAGAGAUACAUCGAAGAUCCUCCCCCGUAUUAAUUUUCAAAAGACAGCAAAUAAAUACAUAAUACCACAUAAAAGGAAGCAGACUUUUCACUAACCGGUAAUAACAGGUGUAAUUAUCGUCACUUGCGGGGCAAAAGCGUGACUGGACACCGGCAAACAAAUCAAAAUACAAUAAAUCAGUAUCUUUUACUAUUAUAACUUUAAAGUCAUGCAAUGCAACAUCUCUCUCUCCUCUUCCUCAGACAAAAAGGCUCUUCCACUUCCUAUGGAAUCACAAAGUGUACACACACAUUAUAUGCUUAUAUAGCUUAUAUCUAUAGAAGGACAAAGGCUUUAAACUCCUUUUAAAUUGCUUGAACAAAAAGCAAAGCAAUUCUCUCUGUUUUUUUUCUUUCUGCAGAUUAAAAGAAAAACCAUAAGCAGACAUUUCUUCUUCUCUGUUUUCCAGCUUUUGUCUUCGGAGUUUGGUUUCUGAAGAAGACAAAAUUUUCUACCUUUUUAAGAGUUCGAGAUCCAUUAUCUAUAAGUACAUAUAAGUGGAGAUCAUUCAUAAAUAAUUUAAGAAGUCUUCUCGGGUUUUGUGAGCCUUGGAUUCUUAAGUUUGCUGAUGAUGGAUAUGGAGGUUAAGCAGAUAUUAAAGAGUCUAUGUUUCAGCUACGGAUGGUCUUAUGCUGUCUAUUGGCGCUCUGACCCCAUUAAUCCCAUGUUACUGAGAGUUGAAGAAACACACAAUGAUGAACAAUCAGCCACACUCGUUGAUGAUAUGAUUCUUAAGACUCAUGUCUUAGGCCAAGGCAUCGUGGGGGAAGCUGCUUUAACCGGUAACUACCAAUGGCUGUUCUCAGACACACUUGUUCAGUGUGAGCAUGAGUUUCAGAAUCAGUUUAUCUCUGGCUUUAAGAGUAUCGCAAUCAUUCCAAUAGGAUCAAGCGGCGUUGUUCAGUUAGGGUCUACUCAAAAGAUUGUUGAGAGCCGAGAGAUGUUGGAAGAAACAGAAAGAGCUCUGCAGGAGAAGCAUUCUUUGAAAGUAAAGGAUCAGUCGGUAGAUCUUGAUACUUUGUUUGAGUCUCUAGUACCACUGGUAGACUGUGAGCUUGUCCCUGAAUAUUUUCAAGAACUCAGCUUCGAUGACAUCUUCACCGAAGAAGAUAAUAAUCCCCCUUCUUUGCUCUUCGAUAAACCAGCCUUUGAAGCAUCCCCAAACCCUUCUUCUUCAGACAUUAAUGAAGAUGAUGAUUCUGUGUUCGACAUUCUCAACUCUUACUCUUGGGACGAUCUUUACCAGCUGCUGGCUGAUGAUGAUUCCCAAGAACAGGAAUGCUCCAUGGUGAUCCAAGGAAACGACAAGGAUCUUUUGGGGAUCCAUUCCUAUGAUUGUCCGCAGAAAGGACAGUUAUUCUCUGAGCUCAUAAGCACUAGCCUUAGCAACAGCACUAGUUGUCUCACAAAUGUGCAACAAGAAGAUUCUUAUUCUGGCCUGAAUCAGAGCAAAAGACGGAAACUUGACAACUCAACAAGCUCAAGCUUCUUCAUGACUCAAGCGGAGACACUAACACCUCUUAAUCCUCCGAUGUGGAUUGAUGAAGACAUGGCAGGGAACUGGAAGAAACCUCAAGAAGAAGGAGUGAAGAAGAAGAAGAAAAGAGCAAAGGCAGGAGAAAGCAGGAAGCCGAGGCCUAAAGACAGGCAGAUGAUACAAGACCGUAUCAAGGAGCUACGAGGGAUGAUUCCAAAUGGAGCUAAGUGUAGCAUUGAUACACUGCUUGAUCUGACGAUAAGACACAUGGUGUUCAUGCAAAGCAUCGCCAAGUACGCUGACAAACUCAAACAACCGUACCAGCCUAAGCUGGUGAAGGAGAAAGAGAGAACGUGGGCGUUGGAAGUGGGGGAUGAUGAGUCAGUGGUAUGUCCGAUCAUCGUGGAGGAUUUGAAGCCGCAAGGACAAAUGCAGAUAGAGAUGGUGUGCCAGGAAAAUGGGGAUGAGUUUCUUGAGAUUGCACAUGUGGUGAGAGGUCUAGGUUUGAACAUUUUGAAAGGAGUCAUGGUAACGAGACAGGGAAGGAUAUGGGCACACUUGAUCGUCGAGGCAAAGCCACACAUCACUAGGCUUCAACUCUUCUACUCACUUGUUCACCUCUUUCAACAACAAAAUCCACCACACUCCUCCUCUUUUGACCACCAAACAUGACGUAUAGGACUCACUUACUACUCAUUAUGUAUGCUUUUGUUGAUUUCUUACAUCGGAUUUUAUUUUUCUUCCAUAUUUGUUUAGUGGAUGGCAAAGAAAGCUGUUGAUAGUUUAGUAGUUCCAUCCCAAAACGUUUGUAGUAAGAAACAUGAAAUUAAAGAUUUUUGGCUUUAAAGUGAUGAUUGAGUUUUUGAGUGUGUGUGUUUAUGUAAGACAAAGGCCCAUAGACUUAUCAUAAUUAAAAGAGGACCAGUACUGAAUACUCUAAUGGUAAAAGCAAUUGAACCAAUGCAAAUCACACAUAUAAUGGAUCAAGUGCAGACUAAGUGGGAGAAAAACAUCAAAUAGUCUAUUUGAGUUUAGAAUGAUAAAAACAGUUUAAAUAAAGUAGAUUAUAUUAUAUAUAUAGUGGCAUGGUGGUAAAAAGCUCACGGCUGUGAGUUCUGCUAUCUAGGUUCGAGUCCCGACCACCAUCAAUUAAAAUAGGGUGAAAAAGGUAGCCCCUGGAUGCCUUCGGUGGGUUCAUGGCUUAACUCCAGUGGACAGUCAUUAGUCGCUAGUCGGGUCUCUUUCGAAAGCAUCCAGAUAUCAGGAUCAUCAAGAUUAUAUAUUUAAAUAAUAAAAAUUACAAAAAAAUAUGUAAUAUAUAAAUACAAUACAUAAAUAGUUAUAAAUGAAAAAGUAAUAAAUGUUACUAUAACCUUGUUUCUAUAAUUUUAAAAUAAAAAUAUAAAAAACAUUAGUCAUUAUUACAUCUAUCUUUCAUUAAUAUACAUAUAUUUAACCAUAAUACUAUAUAUUUACAUAAUACAUAUUAUAAUUGAAAACACAUGCAUCAUAUAAACAAUUUAAAUAAAUGUAAAUUUUAUAUAAGAAAAAUAAAAAUAGAGAUAAAUAGACAAUGAAUAUUUUUUUAUAUCAUCAAAGUUGUAAGUAAAAUAGAAUGAAAAUAUACAAUUUAUAGAAGAAAAUUAAAUAUAUUAAUGAUUUAUGACAAUUAUUUAUUGGUUCAGAAAAAAAGGGUGAACAUCACCAAAUGUCUGAAUGGUGUUUCAAAUGCAGUUCUCCUGCAUAUCAGCAGAUCAUCUGUUUUUCUCUCACUCUUCUAUUCAUAGCCUAAGCAUGUUCAGGCAGCUUUGCGUAGAAGAAUACAAUGACCUUGUGGACAUGUAUUCUUUUGGCAUGUGCAUUUUUUUUUUUUGUCAAACAGCAUGUGCAUUUUUCGUUUUUGUUUUGACCAAAUGGAGAAACACUUCCGUAAGUCUGGUCGUUUUGAUUCCCCACUUAUAUAGUAGCCACGGAUUUGGUUGGGUUAUGAUUGUUGCCUUCUUUCAAAGUUUUCAUUUCUCACCGCUUUGGUUUAUGUAAGCAAACAUGAUUAAUAGCUUUUGUGAGAAGUUCCAGAUUUGGACAAAACGACAAGAAAUGGAGACUUGGAGGUAUAAUAAAUAAUUAAAAAGAGAUCCAAAAGUAAAAAAAAAGGAACCAAUCACUAUUUGCUAAAUAAUAAUAAAAAAUUCAAUAAUUGCCAUUUUCACAUGAGAGCACCGACGACGACGACAGCGCAGGCCAGCGAAGCAACGACGGUGGA